GCCAGAAUAGCCUGAGGUUUGGUCGCGAAGAUGGCGUCUUCUGCCUCUUCUCGGACUCCCGCGGGGAAGCGAGUGGUGAAUCAGGAAGAACUGAGGCGGUUAAUGAAGGAGAAACAGCGUCUCAGCACUAACCGGAAAAAGAUAGAAUCUCCAUUUGCGAAGUACAACCGUUUGGGGCAGUUGAGUUGUGCCCUCUGUAACACCCCAGUCAAGAGCGAGCUUCUGUGGCAAACUCAUGUCCUGGGAAAGCAGCACCGAGAGAAAGUGGCCGAGCUGAAAGGCGCAAAGGGAGCCACGCAGGGCCCAUCCCCCAGCGCAGCACCCCAGUCAGCCAAGAGGAAAGCGCCGGAUGCUGAGAACCAAGAUGCCAAGAGAGCCAAGGCCUCUGCGGUGCCUCAGGAACAGCCCUCCAUAUCAGCUUUGUCCUCCAACUUUGAUAAAACGGGAAAGGAGUCCGCUAAAGCGACCGCCAGUAAACCUUCGGGACUCGGUUUGCUCCCUGAUUAUGAGGAGGAGGAGGAGGACGACGACGACGAAGAGGGGGGAGGAGAAGGAAAAGGGGGAGACAGCAGCAAGCUGCUGCCCGACGCACAGGGCAAAGAACCCUCACUUUCCUCUUCGCGGGAGGCAACAAGUGUGCUGCCAGACGACUCCUUUAAUACAAAUCCUCCAACGGCCCCCUUAAUUCCUCAUUCGGGGUCAAUCGAGAAAGCAGAAAUACAUGAAAAGGUGGUGGAAAGAAGGGAAAACACCGCCGAAGCAUUGCCGGAAGGGUUUUUUGACGACCCCGAGGUAGAUGCCAAGGUACGAAAGGUUGAUGCUCCAAAGGAUCAGAUGGACAAAGAGUGGGACGAGUUUCAGAAAGCCAUGAGGCAGGUGAACACUAUUUCCGAAGCUAUAGUUGCUGAAGAGGACGAAGAGGGAAGGUUGGACCGGCAGAUAGGGGAGAUCGAUGAACAGAUAGAGUGUUACCGUCGGGUGGAAAACCUGCGGAAUCGCCAGGACGAAAUAAAAAACAAGUUGAAAGAAGUUCUGACCAUAAAAGAACUGCAAAAGAAGGAAGAGGAGAAUGCUGACAGCGAUGAUGAGGGAGAACUACAGGAUUUGUUGUCUCAGGAUUGGAGGGUGAAAGGGGCUUUGUUGUAAAGUUUUAAAGACCCAGGUUUAACUGGCUCCACCGUCCUGUAAGAAGUGCAGUUUCUCCGUACAUAGGUUACUCCAUUCCUAGGCCAGGAAUUUUGCUUCUCGAGUUGUUGACAUAAAGUGAGCCAGUGAGCAGUGGCACUUUGGGAAAGUGCUAUUGGUGCAAAAUAUUUGAGGUGAAAUUGUUUUUGAAAUGUUUGACGUAUUACAUAACAAAAUGCCAACUUUUUCACCUAUUUAUAGGCUUAACUGUUUGAUUUAGAGUUGUAAAAUCUGCAAGUUGUAAAUAUUGUACAUAUUUAAAUAUAUAUAUUAAAUUUAUUUUUGAAAUUUAUAAAUAGAAGUCAGAGUGCUAUUGGUGCAAAAUAUUUGAGGUGAAAUUGUUUUUGAAAUGU